AUGAUAAGAGGUUAUUUUUGCAAGAAAACAGAUAGGGUUCUUCCAUAUUUUACUCAUAUUUACUGCAGAACACUGGCUUUUAGUAGGUCAGUUAAGGCAGCUCCACCAACUGGUUUUCGUCCACGUUCUGUAGAAUCAUUAGUAGAAACAUCAGGAACAUCAAGAAUAUCUAAAACAUCUAGAAAGUAUAAAAAGUCUAUUUUAGAUAAAGUAGGGGAUUAUUUCUUAUUGUCAGAGAUGCUUCGGGGAAUGUACGUCGUUUUGGAGCAGUUUUUUCGAACACCAUAUACAUUGUUUUAUCCAUUUGAAAAAGGACCGGUUUCUCCUAGAUUUCGUGGGGAACAUGCUUUACGUCGUUAUCCAACAGGAGAAGAACGAUGUAUUGCAUGUAAACUUUGUGAAGCAGUAUGUCCUGCUCAAGCAAUUACAAUUGAAGCGGAAGAACGUGCGGAUGGAUCACGUCGUACAACUCGCUAUGAUAUAGAUAUGACAAAAUGUAUUUAUUGUGGAUAUUGCCAAGAAAGCUGUCCUGUCGAUGCUAUAGUCGAGACAUCAAAUGUUGAAUAUGCAACAGAAACUCACGAAGAACUUUUGUAUAAUAAAGAAAAACUUCUUUCUAAUGGAGAUAAAUGGGAAGCUGAGAUUUCUCGAUCAAUCCAAGCCGAUCAUUCUUAUCGUUAA